UUCACCCUCCUCCAACACGCUGUCUCAUGCAUAGCUUAUCUAUAUUUUGCUCUAACCACAAACGUCCAUUUCCUUUUACCCUCCUCCAAUACAUAUCAUCUUGUGCUAUGUUAUGCCAUAUUAUGCUGCAUACCAAAUAGGGUCAUGAAAAGGGUCAUGGGGCCAUAAGGUGAUUUGUUUAGCCAAUGGUAAUUUGUUACGUUUAGGAUGCAUACGUGCACCCAGGGCUAUUUAAACAAGGUUUAUGACCCAGAAUAAAUGAGCAUUUGCUAAUGACAACCUGCCUGGUGUGUUAUUUUGGUAAUUGUUCCUGGAAUUCCGAAGAUCCUUGUUUUUCCAAGACUCAGCAUUGCAAACUUGUUGUUCCCUGGGAAGAAAUCCUCGUUGUGCCCAACAAUCUGGGGUCAGAAGUGGGGUGUGUCUCAGUGCUCCCAAAGGGGAACCAACCCACAGCUUCAAGGUCGGAGACACAGUGUGCAUCAGACAGCUGAAUAAAGCAAAGAAAGGAGGAUUUCCAUACGGCCCACCCACCGAAGUUGUGGCCAUCACCCGUACUGCCAUCCUCACAGCCCAGGAGCCCAUCUGGAUCCAUGCAUCUAGGGUAAAGCUCUGUCCAAAGAGGGGUGAAGCUGGCUGUCUAGUCCCUUCUGAAACAUCUAUACCGCCCGUCCAGAACGAUCCAGGACAACAGUUGUGCCUAAAGAGGGGUGAAGUGGUCACAAAGUCCCUUCUGUAACACCUAUAUCAUCCUCAGCUGCCAGUCCAAAGAGGGGUGAAGUUGGUUGCAUAGUCCCUUCUGUAACAUCUAUAUCCACAGCACAUAUCCGCAACACCAUGAUCACUAUUCAGGGUUCUCCCUGCCUGGUGUAUCUCUUCCUCCUCUCCUCGGUGCUCUUGGUUGCAGUACCUGCUAUUAUGAGACGCCGGAUGAAUAGCAUAUUAUUGCCCCUGCUUGUAACUACCUCACCCCUCCCCCUGACUCACCCCCGGAACAAAACACAACCAAGAACUUAACAACCCCGCCAGCACCACCCAUUCCAGCUCUCUGUAGGACCCGGAGAUCAUCCCCUGUUAAGAUGACCACGUACCUUACCACGACAGCCUCACAAGUGGCCAUUACACAAACCACAACACAACCUUUCCGUAUGACUUUUUGGUAUAAUUCCUCCAAUACUCAUGUCGCCACAUUUACAUUUGACUUUUGUGACGUUAUUGAUUCAUGCCCCCUGUGUCAUGUCAAUGUCACCUAUAUGAACACAUUCCAACCAGGUCUAUCUAUAUUUGUGUGGAGGAUGGCUAUUGGGGAAAGAACUGUAAACAUUGGGGGUCGGUGGGGUGGAAUACGGGCCCAGGCCCUAGGUGGGGAUACAAGCCCAAAAGCGCAUUAGACAGGAAGGAUAAAAAUGGCAAAUCCUUAAUUGAUAGGAUGACUCUCUUUAAGUCUGGGUCCUGCCUUAGUUCUGGCCGCUCUGGCUUUAGUAUGAGACUAACCUUUACCAUUGAAAACCCCAGUCCAAAUGAUAGUGGCUCUUAUAUUCUCUCCGUAUGGGUAAGUGGUGGUGUAGGCCCCUCCCAGGGUAGAUUUCAUAUCAAAGAUAUGGUUAAUUCAUCUGAAUGGGGCAAAAUUGCCUCUGCACUUAACGACAAAACCCCAACUGAAUCCCAGUCCCAAUCACAAACUAUGGUUGCUAUGGCUGAUCCCUCACCAAGGGUUACUAUGGCUACCGAAACAGGUUAUUCAGAUAUUAAUUUAUGGUUAGAAUGGAUGGCAUUCGCAGCCAAACAAUAUAAUAAAUCCAACUGUUAUGUCUGUGAUAAGGCCCGCCCCCACUUAGGUACUGUCCCCCUUAACAUCCCCAGUAGCGCUGAGUCCUGUUUUCUCAGCCUUUAUACUAAUACCUUUGUUAAUCAGUCAGCCUGUACCACCUGGAAAGAGAAAUACCCCACCCUUACUAAAACCCCACACCCUGGUGAGGGCAUUACUAUAUAUUCUGGUAACUACACUUGCUAUAGGGGCAAAGGUGAGGGUAGAUUCCUAGGUAACUUCACAUCUAAUUACUGCUCUAAGUAUAGUAAUCUCACCACCCAAAAUCACACUCAGUCCUUAGGUGACAUAUAUUGGAUUUGCGGGGAUAUGAAAAUCUGCGCUAGGUUAGAGGGACAGUGGUCUGGGGAAUGUGCUCUAGCAAAAGUUAUUAUGCCUCUCCAUAUUUUAGGUGGAAAUAACACAUACACACACGCUCACCCCACCUCCUCUCACCGUACACGGCGAGAGGCUAUCCCAGGUAGUUUUGACCCCCAUAUAUACAUAGACGCCAUAGGGGUCCCAAGGGGGUCCCAGAUGAAUUUAAGGCCCGUGACCAGGUCAAAGCUGGAUUUGAAUCCAUCUUCCCCAUCAUAACUGCUAAUAAAAAUGUAGACUGGAUCAAUUAUAUAUUUUAUAAUCAACAGCGUUUUGUUAAUUACACCAGAGAUGCCCUUAAAGGUAUUGCUGAACAACUUGGCCCAACCUCUUACAUGACAUUCCAAAACCGCAUGGCUCUAGACAUGCUCUUAGCAGAGAAAGGAGGGGUUUGUAAAGUCAUUGACGCCCAAACUGGUGGGUCCUGCUGUACGUUUAUCCCUGAUAACACAGGACCCACAGGAAAGGUCACGCUUGCUAUUAAAAAAUUUGAAGAAUUAUCCAGUGAAUUAAAGAAAAACUCUGGCAUUGAUAACCCCUGGGAUAAAUUCUUCACUGGUUUAGGUCUGUUAGAUUGGCUAAAAAAUAUUGGUACCAUUAUUGUUUUUAUUGCCCUCUUUAUCCUUUUCUGUUAUUGUGGUUUUAAAAUAUUUGUUUCAUGCAUUGCUAAAUGUACUGCAAAGCCUGCUGCUUCUAAUCCCCAUUGUCCACAAUACCUGUACGUUCACCCUUCCACACAUGCCUCUGCCCCAUACCCCCAUGUCCCACUCCAUCCAAGAUGUCAGUGCCAAGGUAGUCAUUGUUAUGACUAAAGAGGGGAAUUGUCAGGUAAUAUUACCUAUUCGUUCAGUCCACAUCACCUAUGUUAUGUACUUAUGAUGUUCUUAUUUCGCACCAUUUGUAAUUUUGCUAAAACAUUAUAUUCUGUCUUUUUUUCUUGUCUCACAAACUAUGUCCUCUGAUACUUCCCCUUUCUCUACUACAACGCUCUGCUAAAUAUACAUAUUGCAUACAUUAUUCUCUGUAACCACAAGUUCAUUUCCUUUUCACCCUCCUCCAACACACUGUCUCAUGCAGAGCUAAUCUAUAUUUUGCUCUAACCACAAACGUCCAUUUCCUUUUACCCUCCUCCAAUACAUAUCAUCUUGUGCUAUGUUAUGCCAUAUUAUGCUGCAUACCAAAUAGGGUCAUGAAUAGGGUCAUGGGGCCAUAAGGUGAUUUGUUUAGCCAAUGGUAAUUUGUUUCGUAUAGGAUGCAUACGUGCACCCAGGGCUAUUUAAACAAGGUUUAUGACUCAGAAUAAAUGAGCAUUUGCUAAUGACAA